AUGUUUAAUCUUCCUCAGCAAGGAAUGGCGCUGAGUAGCGACACCGAUGACGGAAACGAUGUCGUUCCGCCUAAUCCACUGACGGCAGAAACAACCGCCUCCAAGCGUUUGAGGUCCUCCAUCGAAACCCUAACCUCACCAUCACCAUCUUCUGAAGAUUCUCUCCAUUCGAUGCCACUUCCAGCUCUUCCAUUCGACAUUGUGGUAGAAAUUCUCUCCAUACUUCCCGUGAAGCUCCUCAUGCAAUUCCAAUGCGUCUGUAAGUCCUGGAAAUCUCUGAUCUCCGAUCCCAAAUUCGCCAAGAAGCACCUUCGUCACGCGAGUCAGAGCCUCAUGUUAACGCUCAGGAAUCCCUCACUCGACUUCGUCGUCAUAGCUAACCCGCUCUCCUCCGUUUUCACAGAAGCGACGACCUCCGCCAUACAGGUAGAGUACCCUCUCAAAUAUAAAAACCAUUCCGCUGUCAUUGUUGGAUCUUGUCACGGCAUCCUCUGCCUCAGCUUCUGUUUCGCUAUCAAUAAAGGUGUCGUUUUUUUGUGGAAUCCUUCCAUUAGAAAAUUUACGAAACUGCCCUCUUUGGAAGAGAUAUAUCGCACAACAUUCUGUUUUUCCUUUGGCUAUGAUGAUUUCAGUGACAGUUACAAGGUUGUUGUCGUUUGUUUUCCACACAAUGCUAUUGACGACCGUCCUGUUAGCAAUUGCAAAAAUGUAGUAAAAGUUCAUACUUUGGGAACCACUUCUUGGAGAAGAAUUUCGGGCUUCCCUCCUAAUACUCUCAUUUUGGAUAAAUCUGGAAAAUUCCUUAGUGGAACUAUUAAUUGGUUAUCAUAUAGACAGAAUUGUUCGUCAUGUUGGGUCAUUAUUUCUCUUGAUUUGGAGAAAGAAUUUUACAGAGAGCUACCGCAGCCUGAUUAUGGAGAGAUAAAUCUGCUUAGUUUAAACACAGGGGUGUUGAGGGACUGCUUCUGCAUAUUUUCUAGUAGUGAUACAUUUUCAGAUGUUUGGCUUAUGAAAGAGUAUGGAAAUAAAGAUUCUUGGACUAAAUUGUUCCGUUUUCCUCACACCAGAAAUCUUGGUACUUGGCCUCAUGUUUCUGCACUUUAUGUUUCUCAGGAUGAUCAAGUGCUAUUUGAUAUUCAGCUAGCAGAGUUGGUUGUUUACAAUUCUAGAGAUGGUACUUUUAAGGAUCCCGGCAUUCAAAUCAUAGGCAAAUGGAUGGGUUCAGAAGUCUACCAUGAGAGUUUGAUGUCACCUUGCUUUUAA